AUGAUUCCGCACUCGCUGACCCCUUUAUCACGCGAUGAACUUAUAGAAGAGGAGAAGUUCCCCGGCUACAGGUCCGAAGAUUACUAUCCCGCCAAGCCGGGCGAGGUACUUGCCGACCGCUACCAACUCAUUACCAAGCUCGGCUGGGGGAUGGCCUCAACCGUAUGGUUGGCGCGCAACAUGACAGGACACCGGUGGCAGCAAGAGACAGUCGUCGCGCUCAAGAUCGGCAACACCAAUUGCGACGCAGAGGAACACGAACGAGCGCUCGAAGGACACAUCCCGCAAAGCGACGCGACACGAGAGGGCCGGAUCUUUCUGCGCACGGCGCUCGAGUCUUUUGUCAUUGAGAGCAAAGCGGGUAGGCAUUUGUGCUUGGUAUACGAGCCGAUGCGGGAAUCGCUCCGUGACUUUCGCUACCGUUUUGUCGAUGCUCAGAUACCUCUCGUGUUGAUAAAGCUCUACAUUCGAAUGCUGCUUCUUGGGCUGGAUUAUCUCCAUAGUGUCUGUCGUCUGGUCCAUACCGAUCUCAAACUCGACAACAUCAUGAUGUCCUUCGAGGAUCCAGUGAUUUUGGAUGAGUUUACGGCAUUACAGCUUCAGGUACCCAUGGAAUACAAGGUCGACUCUGCCGGUCGACAUGUUUAUCUCUGCCACAAUGAUUUUGGGCCCCUGAGGUCAGCUAGAAAUAUCCCCAAGAUUGUGGAUUUCGGAUCAGGGAUCAAGCUCAAUCCUGAUGCCAAGUGCAUCUGGCCGAUUCAACCACAUCACUACCGGGCGCCCGAGGUAAUUCUGGGCUGUGGCUGGAACACAGGCGCGGAUAUUUGGAACAUGGGGAUCCUCCUCUGGAACCUCCUCCAAGGUAGAAACCUGUACACCCAGGUUUACGAUGCCCACGGAAACUAUAGUGCUAAAUCGCACCUUGCGGAGAUGAUCGCCUUGUUUGGCCCGCCUCCUCCGAAAAUGCUUACGAGAGCCCGGGAAAUGCGGAAUAAAAAGUGGUCUCCAAAGAUAAGAAUAACAGGUUGUAAUGGGAAGCUAUCUGAUACAGCCGAAGAUAUGUUUGAUGGCCCCUUUUUCAAUGAAGAAGGCAAAUUUCUGUAUCCGGACCUGAUCCCUGAGCGUAAUCUUGUGGAUACUCUUCCCGUGCUUGAAGGCAAAGAGAAAGAGACGUUUCUUGAUUUGGCCAGGAACAUGCUUGUAUGGGAUCCAACGGAGAGAUCAACGGCUGCUGAGCUGGCCGAGCACCCCGCCCUCCAAGAUAACUGA